AUGUCGGCGAGCUAUCACGACCUGCGUGCUCUGGCUCGGAAGCAGGUCCCUUCUCGCCCAGUCAGCCCUUUACUCCCAAGCCCUAUUGUAGGAGCGCCUCAGAAAGAAAGCCAACCAUAUUUUCGAUUCCACAACCCGCGAGAGCGUUUGCCCACGCCGGUUCUGAGCGACGAUUCGUUAGACAGCCUGCAUAUUUUGUCGUACUACUGUGACGAGCAAGACCAAGCAAGCCACUCGGGACAUGGGACGCUCGAAGACGACAAUCUCAGCACCGCGUCGGAGUCCACGCCGGUCACUCCGCGUGAUGACGACGAGUAUCGGGGGACUUUGUGUUCGGACGAGUCUGGGUGGUUGGCCAACACCACAUCGCACCAAGAGCGAAUGCGACGGUUUAAAGCUCGCUAUUAUCAAGUCGUCCAGCAUCCUUGCACGUCUGUUGACACAGGAGACAACGAGGAUGGAGUGAUGAUCGCCACAGUUCUUGUUGGACCGGGCAAGCCGAGACUCGUUCACAUUCAGCGCCCUCCCUCGAGUUCAUCGAGGACCGAGUCGCCCGUUGAAGGCACGUGUGCUCCGUCGACACCACAGAAAAUCCCUCUUGAAGUCUCCGCGUUCAGCCCGUACGACACUCCUUGUGAUGUGCCUCAAGACGAAUCCCACAGUUCAGACAGCAUCUGUGGUCGCAUCUCUGAAGCCUCGCCUCCCUUGCCUGGGUUCGUUUCCCAGCCUACGACCUUUGCAAUGCGCAGCAGGACCGGCGGACCGAAAAUCCGUGAGUGCGAUGGCGUUGACAAACGUCUCCGUAAAUUGACCGAUCCAUUUAUGACGUCGCCGCGGAGGACGCGAAGCGACCGAUCGUUCCGCACGCUCGAGAAGCGGUGGGCGGUUUGGGACACAUUGGACGUGGACUCGCCCUCCGUCUCCGAACCGUCGCCGUCCACCAAGAGCGCGAAAUGGUCCCGGUGCCGCAAGUUGGAGAGGGCUCUCAACGCGGUCACGGUCGCCAUCGAGGAGUUCCCCGACGGCAUGCUCUGUCUCGACUCGCCGGCAGUGAUGGAGCUGCGGAACCCCCACAUCUCAGAUUCCACCUACAUCGAGACGCUGCGCCGCAUCUUUCCCGCGGCGUCCUCGCUGCUCAUUUCGGCCAUUACGGCCUGGGUCAUCGUCGACCUCCAGUUCUCGCGCCUGAAAGACCAAAUCGUGCCCAUGGAGCGCUACUGGGCCCAGGCCGCCGCCUCCAACGAGAGCCUGCACCGCAUCCCCGAGAAGGCGCGAGAAAUGCUGGGCAUCGGAUUCCCGGAAGAGACGUCCCUCCGCCUCAACGAGUAUGCGCUGAGAAAGAGGGUGAUGGCCAUGCAGGCGGGGAUCGGUGUCAUCGGGCAAAGGCUGAUUGAAGGGCUGAGAGGGUCGUGGGACGAGGAUAUCUGGCGAUCCCUGAAGGUCUUGGUGGAGGUCAUCGAGGCGAGUCCGCCGCGGUGGCCAUGA